AUGGAGACGGUUGUCAAGCCUCAGAGGGAACCAAAGCCCAGCGUGUGGUCUACCCGCCUGUGGCAGCUGUACGUUUUCCUCUGGAAGGACGUCUACGUUAAACGGCUUUUACGGCACUAUACGACGACGGUCCUGGAGGUGGCUCUCAUCGUGGUUCUUCUGCUGGGUAUCCAGGAGUACGCCGUGACCACGGAGAGAAUGAAGGCCCUCCCGGACACGCACUUCCCGCCCAGCACUCCCACCAAGUACUGGAAGGGAGCCCGAGACGUCGCUGCCAUCGUCAAGAUAUUGUACCAUCCAAACUUUCAAUAUCUGGCCAAACUAGUGCACGAAUCAAGCAGCGUCCUUGGUGUGUCCGACGUCACGGCCGCGGACAGCAUCAAGCACCUCGAGGAUAGCGUAAACAAAUCCAGCGGUAACGUCACCACUACCAUCGGCCUGCAUUUCAAAGACAUCCGUCAGGACACCAUCAAAGCCCCGGACAGCCUCCACUUUACCCUGAUCGUCGGCCAUCUCCCUGCGGACGUACAUGUGGAGUUCGGCGAGAACAUCCUUUCAAGACCUCCAGGACCCGCCAAGGAGGAUCGAUUCAGCGAGGUCAGCACCAUCCUGCCACUCGUGGGCACACUCCAGCAGAAGCAUCUCGAGAACGUUGCAACUGACCGUAACCUUAAGAAAGAAGACGUGUCGACAGUCAGGCUUCAGCGGUUCCCGUACCCUUCCUACAUCGAGGAAACUGACGUCAGCAACUAUGCCCUCGUGCUGAGUCGUUUCAGCAUUGGCAUGCUGGUGCCUUUCGCAGUCUUUGCGACGCGUUUGACGGACGAGAAGACCUCUGGGAUGAAGGAGAUGCUGCGCAUCAUAGGGGUGAGCGACUGGGUGUACUGGGCCAGCCACUACCUGAGCGCCUUUUUCAUGCACCUUAUCACGGUCACCCUGAUGAUGAUCUUUUUGUGCAUCAAGCGCAACGAUGAAGGACGGUCGUUCAUCCAGAGAAGCGACCCGUUCCUGGUGUUCUGCGUACUCAUGAACUUUUGCAGUUCCUGCAUGCUUCACGCAGCACUCCUGUCACUCUUCUUCGCCAACCCGUCGUCUGCCGUGGCCGGGGCAAUAAUGUACUGGACUUUCAGCUGCGUCAUCCCGUUCCUGAUACUGGACAACGCCGGAGGCCACGGCUACCAUUUCAUAGCGCGCGGACAUAAACUCUGGACCUGCAUCUUCCCCGGGAUGAACCUGCACUGGGGAUUUCGUGUUCUUAACCGCUUCGAGAAAUUUGUGGACAGCGGUGCCAACUGGAGCAACUUCUACGACCCCAAAGAGACGCCCGACAACGUGACGCUGUUCGAGAUUGCGACGGUUGGGUUUCUGUCCGAUGUCUUAAUUAUAGUGCUAGUGUGGUACCUCGACAACGUGCUGCCCAUCGGUCCCGGUAUCUCAAAACCUGUCGGCUACCCUUUCAUGAAGAGCUACUGGUUUCCGGGCAUGACGUCCUUGAAAGCUGUCGACAAAACGGACGAGGAGAAACUCAACUUUGAGACCGAGCCUAAAAAUCAGGUGGUCGCCAUCGAACUCUUACAGGUUAACAAGAAUUACAAGGACACGGUGGCUGUUUCCAACUGCAACAUGCGCGUUUUCGAGGGUCAAAUUACUGUGCUUCUGGGUCACAACGGUGCUGGCAAGACUACUACUCUCAACAUGAUCACUGGGUAUAUCGGCGCGACUUCUGGCACAAUACUGGUUGGAGGGUACGAUAUCCUCAACGCUACCCGUGAUGCCCGCAAAAGCGUAGGCUACUGUGCCCAACACAACAUCUUCUAUAGAGACCUUACCGUCGAGGAGCAUCUGCUUUUCUUCGCGGCGCUUGUCGUUCUCGACGAGCCCACAGCCAACAUGGAUCCGGACGCCCGGCGCGAGAUGUGGGAAUUGCUGCUCAAGGUCCGACGGCAAAGCGCCGUCCUUAUCACCACUCAGCAUAUGGACGAGGCAGAUGUCCUGGGCGACCGCAUCGCCAUCAUGGCCAACGGCCGCAUCCGGUGCAUGGGCUCCCCAGCCUUCCUCAAGCAGCGCUUCGGCACGGGUUAUCACAUGCAAGUGAACAAGGCGGCCUUUUGUAACGUGUCCGUCAUCGAGUCCCUGCUCCGCAAAUCGUGA